UCGUUCUUCUUUCCUUUUUAUUGGUAAGAUAUCAGACAGUAGAGAGUCUAUUCAGGUCUUCUUCUACCAAGAUCAUGCAGUACAUAUCAACUCCAACUUUAUGUACUUCACAAGAUACAUGUAUGCAUGUAGAUAUCUUGUGUUAAAACUCCUCAUUCUCUUCUUCGUGCCUGUGGCCAAUUAUUGGUCGCUCUCUCUCUCUCUCUCUCUCUCAUGUUUGUGUCAGAACUCCACAUCUCAGCCAGCCACCCUGCUGUGGUACCUGCACUGAUCCCACCCUCUCUUCGUUCACAUUUCAUUAUCUUUGGUUCAUUAGAUCGUUAAGCAAUGGCGGAUGAUGAAUUAGUGGCCUGAUGAAUAGACCAUCAGGUCUUUAGCUCUGUCCUUUCCCCAAGAAAGAGGCUUCGUAAAGAUCACUCUCUUUAUGCAUAAAGAACAAGAGGAAAGAUGAACUAUACAGCUUUGGGAGUUAACCCAAGCCAACUGCACCUGCUUUCCCGACAAAGUGAAAGAGAAUCCAAGGUUUAGAUUUGUUAGAUCCUCUCUCUCUCUUAAUCCAAAUCCCUCCAUGUUCUUUUGAAUUUGAAAUGUUAUACAAGCAGCUACACCGUCUUCUCAGAGUCUGUAGCUCCAUUUCCGAAGCUGCCACCUUUCGCUCUUUCCUUCCGCUGGGGUGGAAGCCUGUCAAGAAAUGGGUGGUUCGGGGAAGUGGAUCAAGUCGUUGGUCGUUGUCCUCAAGAAGCAAGAGCAGGAUAGCUGUGAAAAGAGUGGCGAUGGCGAUAACGGGAGGAGCAGGAAGUGGAAGAAGCUGUGGAGGAGCUCCUCGUGGGACCACCUGUCGCUGCGGCGGGGAUCGAGGGGCAGCAGCCGCCGGUCGGCGGCGUCCGAGGAGUCCGAUGCCUCCUCGGUCUGUGACGCGUUCGCCGCCGCCGCCGCGGCCGUCGUCCGCGCCCCUCCCAAGGACUUCAGGGCGGUCAGGCAGGAGUGGGCGGCCAUCCGCAUCCAGACCGCCUUCCGCGCCUUCCUGGCGAGGAGGGCGCUGCGGGCGCUGCGAGGGAUCGUGAGGCUGCAGGCCAUAGUGCGGGGGCGGCAGGUUAGGAAGCAGGCGGCGGUGACGCUGAGGUGCAUGCAGGCCCUGGUGCGUGUGCAGGCGCGCAUCCGGGCGCGGCGGGUGCGCAUGUCCACCGAGGGGCAGGUCGUGCAAAGGCUGCUCGAAGCCCGCCGCGGCACACUGGAUCCUCUAAAAGAAGCAGAGGAAGGAUGGUGUGACAGUCCGGGCACAGUGGAAGAAGUAAGAGCAAAGCUACAGAUGAGGCACCGAGGAGCUGUCAAGAGGGAAAGAGCCAUUGCUUAUGCUCUUUCUCAACAGCAAUCUAAGUCAACCCUCGGUGGAAGGUCAAAGCAGAGUUCGGUCUCUUCAAAGCAUAGUGGUUUUGAUCAGAGCAAUGGGAGCUGGAGCUGGAGCUGGAGCUGGAGCUGGUUAGAGAGGUGGAUGGCUGCAAAACCAUGGGAGAGCAGGUUGAUGGAACACAAAGUCCACAACAAUCCUUCCGACGCUGAAUCCAAAGAAGACAUUUUUGGCAUCUACUCAACAUGUAGUGAGCCUAGUUCUGUGAGGAUAAAGAAGAACAACAUCACGACCAGGGUUUCGGCAAGACCCCCAACCAUCACUUACAACCACUGCUGCAGAACUCGUUCUGCCUCAUCCCCAAGCACCGAACUAUACUUCAACGAGAGCUCUGCAUCGUCGUCGUCUAUCUUCAUGUCAACACCGUUCUCGAGCAGCACUCUUCUAGCUUCAGAAAGGACAGAGGACAGCAGCAGCAGUAGGCCCAACUACAUGAGCUUGACUGAAUCGAUCAAGGCGAAGCAGAAAGCUCUGAAUGCGCAAAACUCCACACCGCAGGGGCACUCAUCCCUGGCUGUUCGCUCUCAUCGCAAGACUUUAUCUGGUAUCGACACAGAUUCUUCCAUCUUCUCUUGCGAUCUGGAGAAUCAACCACCACAAAGGGAGAAGAGUUCUGUAAGAAAAAUGGAGAGAGUAAAUGGUUACCAUGGCAAACUACACACUUAUGGAUCUUAGUGUUCCUGAACGAUUGGCUUCGAAGCCUUGGCAUGCAUGACAUGACUCCUUCGCAUGUGUGUUCAACAUCUUGUUGUAAUGUGUGUUUAUAGCUUCUGAGGAACUAAAAAUUCUUACUGCUAAGAGACUGCAUUGUCUUUUUGAAGGAUGCAUGUGUUCUGCAAUUUGACAGUCCUUUGUGUGAA